UUAGAUCAGCGUUCAUUAGAACAUCUGUAGGCACACAUACACACUCUCUUUACUGUCAGCCUUCUGCUUACCAGAGUCACAGCAGGAAGUCAGUGAAUCUUCCCCAAGUGCUGACAUUUAAUACCUGGGUUAGCGGCAAAGAUUCAGAGAGGGGUGAGAAGCCCCUCUGGCCUUCAGAUAAAAGAUCUACCCACAAUCAGAAAAUAUGUCACUGCAGAUGAUAACAGUCAAUAAUAACAUAGCCUUAAUUCAGCCGGGCUUUUCAUUGAUGAAUUUUGAUGGGCAAGUUUUCUUCUUUGGCCAAAAAGGCUGGCCCAGGAGAUCCUGCCCUACUGGAGUUUUUCAUUUUGAUGUAAAGCAUAACAAUCUCAGACUGAAGCCUGCAGCUUUCUCUAAGGAUUCCUGUUACCUUCCUCCUCUUCGCUACCCAGCCACUUGUACAUUCAAAAGCAGCUUGGAGUCUGAUCAGCAGCAGUAUAUCAUCCAUGGAGGAAAAACACCAAACAAUGAGCUUUCAGAUAAGAUUUAUGUCAUGUCUGUUGUUUGCAAGAACAACAAAAAAGUUACUUUUCAGUGCACGGAGAAAGACUUGGUAGGAGACGUUCCUGAAGCCAGAUAUGGUCACUCCAUUGAUGUGGUGUAUAGUCGAGGGAAAAGUAUGGGUGUUCUCUUUGGAGGACGGUCUUACAUGCCUUCUACCCAAAGAACCACAGAAAAAUGGAAUAGUGUAGCUGACUGCCUGCCUCAUGUUUUCCUGGUGGAUUUUGAAUUUGGGUGCGCUACAUCAUACAUUCUUCCAGAACUUCAGGAUGGGCUAUCUUUUCAUGUCUCCAUUGCCAGAAAUGAUACCAUUUAUAUUUUAGGAGGACAUUCACUUGCCAACAACAUCCGCCCUGCCAAUCUAUACAGAAUAAGGGUUGAUCUCCCCCUGGGUAGCCCAGCUGUGAAUUGCACUGUCUUGCCAGGGGGAAUCUCUGUCUCUAGUGGAAUCCUAACUCAAACUAAUAAUGACGAAUUUGUUAUUGUUGGUGGCUAUCAGCAUGAAAAUCAAAAAAGAAUGGUCUGCAACAUCAUCUGUUUAGAGGACAAUAAGAUAGAAAUUCGUGAGAUGGAGACCCCAGAUUGGACCCCAGAUAUUAAGCACAGCAAGAUAUGGUUUGGAAGCAACAUGGGAAAUGGAAUUGUUUUUCUUGGCAUACCGGGAGACAACAAACAGGCUGUUUCAGAAGCAUUCUAUUUCUAUAUGUUGAAAUGCACUGAAGAUGAUGUGAAUGAAAAUCAUAAAACAUUUACAAACAGUCAGACAUCAACAGAUGAUCCAGGGGACUCGACUCCCUUUGAAGACUCAGAAGAAUUUUGUUUCAGUACAGAAGCAAAUAGUUUUGAUGGCAAUGAUGAAUUUGACACCUAUAAUGAAGAUGAUGAGGAAGAUGAGUCUGAGACAGGCUACUGGAUUACUUGCUGCCCUACUUGUGAUGUGGAUAUCAACACUUGGGUACCAUUCUAUUCAACUGAGCUCAACAAACCUGCCAUGAUCUACUGCUCUCAUGGAGAUGGGCACUGGGUCCAUGCCCAGUGCAUGGAUCUGGCAGAGCGCACGCUCAUCCAUCUGUCAGAAGGAAGCAACAAGUAUUAUUGCAAUGAGCAUGUGGAAAUAGCAAGAGCACUACAAACUCCCAAAAGAGUCCUACCCUUAAAAAAGCCUCCAAUGAAAUCCCUCCGCAAAAAAGGUUCUGGGAAAAUCUUGACUCCUGCCAAGAAAUCCUUUCUUAGAAGAUUGUUUGAUUAGUUUUGCAAAAGCCUUUAAGAAUCAAAUGCAUUCAAUUUUUAAACCUAUUUUUAAAAAUCAUAACAAUGAUAAAAAUUAUAUAUCUAUUUUCGUUUGUUGAAAAUACUUAUGUUUUCUUUUAGUUACAUGAAUUGAGUGCUGGGAAAAAAGUGCUUUAAUGCAAUAUUAAAUACUAGAAGCUAUACAUUUUGAAAAUAUUUUACUCAAA